GGAGCGAAGAUUUGGUGAAAAAAGAAGAAUGAGAAGGACAAGACAUGUCUUGUAAGGUGUGACUUAUGAUUCGUAAGGGGACACACACAGAAACAAGAAGGGGGAAGAAAGAAAAAGAAAGAUGCUUCCACUAAAGCUGGUUCGUUCUCUGGUCUUAGGGGAAACCAUCAACCACAACCCUCAUCACAUGCUAACAAAAAAUCACCACCAUUACCACACCCAUUAUCAUGAAGAUACUGAUGUUCAUGAUGAAGCCCGUGCCACAUCCCAACCCCACCAUCGUAGAAGAAGGAGAAGAAGAACAAGAACAACAAGGUACAAAAUCCCAGCUUUGAUUUUUCUCCCAACAAAAGAGAUUAUUAGAGACACAUAUAGGCUUGCUACCAUUGCAAGGGACUUGGGUUUCGAUUUGUACCCUACACCCUCACUUUCUCACAUCAUCUUCUCCAACCCAUCAUCAUCAUCAUCCAAACCCUCAUCAUUAUCUUUCUCUUCUUCUUCCUGCUCCCUCCAAAGCGAUGCCGUUCCCAUUCCCUUCCCUUCCCUCUCCGCAACCCCACUCACCCAUCUUCGCUGCUUCCUCACGCUCUCCCCACGCGCCUUCAAAAUCGUCCUUUUCAGCUCCCACCCUGACGCCGCCGCUGCCGCCGGAAACGCCGGCAACUGGGACUGCGACUCUUUCUCUCUCUACUCGCGGGACCUCAGCCAUCGGGUCGGCACCAUGGAGGAGUUUUGUCGGAUUCUUGCUGGCAAAGGUUGGAGCUUUUAUAAAACCAAGAAAAACCCUUCUUCCGACCAGCGGCGCGGCGGCGCUUUUUACCUUUUCAGAAGGGUGGAGAUGAACCGGGUUCGGCUUGGAGCACCGGUGGAUGGGGCAUGCAGAGUGAGGGAAUUGAGGCUGCCAUACUUGGAUUUUGGAAACGCUCCGUUGAGGAUUUUGCAGUAUAUUUUGUUGAUGACUGAUAAUAUCUUCUGUUUGGCAUGACAUGUUCGUAAGUGUUCUAUUACUUUUUUUUUCCUUUUUAGAUUUUACUAGUUUUUUUUAAAAGAUUUUAGUUUUCAUGAAUUUUUUGUGAGAAAUCACCCGACUUUUACAGUUACUAUAAAAGUCAGCCAUUUAUCAUGUA